UUGGCAGAUUGCUGCAGCACCGCCGUGGGUCAAAGUGGUAACUGGGGAUCUGAGCUCGGCGGUGACGCGAGGCCCUCACGUGACCAGGAGCCUAUGUCUGCCCAAGUCCCUCUCAUCCUGGUCCUUUUUGCCAGUCCAGACACCGUCUGCCCUUUGGUCGAGGGGAAAAGCAGAAGGAAGUCUGCAGGUCACAGCGGAGAGAACGCCUGGGAGCAAACGGCCUGGAGAGGCUGUUCCCAGCAUGGACAGACCCUGCCCGGCGACUGCACAGCCACAGGGCGCGCCGAAGACGGACGAGGAGCCGCCUCAGGCAGAGCCCUCGCCCGAAGAGCCUCGUCCGGAGGAGCCUGGUCCGGAGGAGCUUUCGACCGAGGAGCCGUCUUCGGAAGAGCAGUCCUCCGAGGAGGAGUUCUUUCCUGAGGAGCUCCUUCCCGAGCUCCUUCCCGAGCUGCUGGUGUCCGAGGGGCGCCCCCCAGAGGAGCGCCUUUCUGGGCCGGACCUGUUCGAGGCGCGCCCGCCCAUGGAGCAGCCUCCGUGCGGGGUGGGAAAACACAAGCUGGAAGAAGGGAGCUUUAAGGAGCGGCGGGCUCGCUCUCGCCCGCAGUUUAAAGGGGACAUACACGGCCGAAAUUUGAGCAACGAGGAGAUGAUACAGGUAGCAGAGGAGAUGGAAGAGAUGAAAAGAGUACGAAACAAAUUGAUGAUCAUGCACUGGAAGGCCAGACGGAACCGUCCUUAUCCUAUUUAAUGCGUCCGGCCUUUAAUGCUGGUUGGCCUAAUUUCAGUAUUGCCACUCGAAUCCCUCUCGCCAUCUUCCUAAUUUUAACUUUUUUUUUGGCAUGGCUUUAUUUAAGGUGUUUCGCUUGUAACUGGUGUAAAAUUGGGCUUCCUUCCCCUCCCAUCUGCAAGUCUCCCUAUCAAUCAUGUGUCUCAUCCAUUUGCAUGGACAGAUGGACAUUAUAUAUUGUGAAGUGAAAAAAGCAAUUUUCAAAAAGUAUAUGUAGUAUCCCAUUUUUGUAAAAAAUGUAUAUUUAUAUAUUAAUAUGCAAAGUAAAACAAAGUAUAUACUUCAAA